AUGGCGGGGCUGGAGCCGCUCUACGCGUGGGCGCGGGCCGCCGUGGGGCGCGCGCAGGACGCGCUGCUCUGCGCGCUGCACUGGGAGCUGGUGCGGCACGGCUACCGCUGCGCGGGCGCGGGCGAGCAGCCAGGUCCCGACGAGAGGCCGUCGGAGCUGCUGCCGCGCGGCUGGCAGGCCAACCCGGAGCUCUACACGCUGCGCUACGUGUCCGCGGACGGCCGCCGCGAGCUGCUGCUCAAGGCCAUCGUGGUGGAGGACAGCAUGAUCAUCAACGUCAUGGACYGCGGCUCUCAGAAGGUGGCAGACGUGACCCUGACGGUGGCCGACUACAUCAACCCAGAGCACCUGGAUGAUUUCCACAAGGUGUACAAGAACAUGGAGGAGCUCAGGACCAGGAUCGCUUCGGGCAUCAUCGCGCCCCUUGCGCCCCCCACGGAAAAGGAGCCACGGGCCGAGAAGGAGCCUGCCCUCCCUCGGGAGCACGACCCGCUCAGGGUUCCUCCGCGGCGGCCAGCGGGCACCAGGGAGCCGCCCUGGCCUUCCCCCACGGACCCCUUCGCUGUUGGCGGGCAGGACCUGGAUCCUUUCGGCGCUCGGGGCGGAGGGAUGAUCGCCGACCCGCUGCGCUCGGGCUUCCCGCGGCCUGGCCUCGACCCGUCCUCGGGCCUCCCAAGCCGGCUGCCCCCCGGAGCGGUUCCGCCGGGCGCCAGAUUCGACCCCUUCGGUCCCUUAGGAGCCAACACGGCUGGGCCGAACCCRGACCACCUUCCCCCUCCGGGCUAUGAGGACAUGUUCAUGUGAGGACUCUGGUUUCUCAGCCGGCUCCCGUGAGGMGAGUUCCCUGAGGAGCACAAGUACUUCCAUGCCGUUGCUCGCCUGUUCAAUCUUCGCAGUUUUUCCUCUCCCCGCCCGGGGUGACCCRUGUUUCUGAGCAGCUAUAAAGGCUUCUGUAUGUGUUGAGCAGGAGAGGAGACAGGAGGUUUAUCUUGUUUGUGUUCGAGCUGCCGUUCUGCACCAAAGUCACCCGGGAUGUGAGGAGGUUUCCUCCUCGGCCGCUCCGGGGAGGCCGCUUUGCUGCUGGGUUUACGCUGGGUUAGGCCAGCAGUCGUGACUGAGGAUGGAGAUGGGCUCCCCUGCCAGAGGGGGCUCCGCA